UGUUGUUUCCAGUUCAACAGUUCAAAUAAUGAUUUAGCUUAUUGGUUCCGUUUAAAUAAUGUACACACAGUAGCAAACGCUUCUUUUGUUGAAAAGUAUCCCAAAUAUUUCUCUGUUAUCGCUCAUCAUGCGUUACUGGGGCGAGAUCCCAGGACCUGCAGGGACUCCUGCCAGUCGCAGCUCCUUUGAUUUGCUCCAGCGUGAGUUCCGAUCAGUGGAGAUGCAGGAUCCUCCGUUGCAUCAGCCGUCGGCCCAGCGUCCGCGCCCCACUACAAUGCUGGACAUCCCGUCAGAGCCUUGCAGUCUCACCAUUCACACGGUACAGCUGUGCCAGCACGCCCGCCGCCUCCGUGGCCUUUUGGCGGCAGUUCAGGGUCAGAGCGGGACAUCCUCCGAGCUUGGUGGCAGGCUGGAAGAUGUUGAUACAAACCUGCCUCUGCGUCCUCCCACACCUCCUGCCAUGCCUGAUGACUUGCUACCACUUGACUGCAAAGAGCCUCGGCAACCCUUUCAGCUCCGCCACAGCGACCCUGAAAGCGACUUUUAUAAGGGUAGAGGGGAGCCAGUCACGGAGCUGAGUUGGCCCUCCUGCAGACAGCUCCUUUAUCAGUCAGUGGCCACCAUCUUGGCCCAUGCAGGCUUCGAGACGGCCCAGGAGAGCGUGCUAGAAACUCUGACCGACCUGGUUCACGAGCACUACCUACGCCUGACACGCCUCCUGAGGGUAGCUGUGGACAGGGAGGCCCGGCUGGGGGCCAGUCCCUUUCCUGACGUCAUGGAGCAAGUGUUCCAUGAAGUGGGCAUCGGCAGUGUGCUUGCCUUGCAGCGCUUCUGGCAAGUGCGUAUCAAGGAUUAUCACAACUACAUGUCACAGGUCAGUAAUGAUCUGUCAGAAGAAUACGAAAGGUUGGUGAAUCCUGAAAAGGCUCUGGAGGACUCAAAGCCCCCCAGGAUCAAGGAGGAGCCCAUGAGUGACAUUUCCUUCCCUGUUAGUGAGGAGCCAGAGGCCGACCUAGCCUCUGGGGACCAAGCCUUGCCCAUGGGGGUCCUCGGAGCUCAUGGUGAGAGGCUGCCCGCGGGCCUGGAUGCCGACCAUUCUCCUCACACUUCAAGUGGUGGUGUGGCCAACAACUCCCCCUUGUGGCCACAGGUAAAAAUGGAACCACACGAUGGCGAUGAAGGCCAGGGUGCCACGCAUCAUCCUCAUCCUCAUCACCAUCACAACCUGGGCGGAGACGUGUUUGAGGAGGGAGGCCCCAUGUCGACAAUGAGCGAGUCGGGAGGCGCAAUGGCGUCCUCCCCUGCUGGCGCGGCAUCAGAUGGCAGCUAUGCCUCACAUUCUCCUGACUCCCUGAUGAGCACCUCACCGGUCUUUAACCAGAGACCCAAGAAGCGUGCGAAGAAGAUGUGAGGUCAUGUUGUAUGGUGGUCGAGAGACUGUACACUCCCCAAACAAAUUGGUAAAAGAAGAAAAAAUAUGCAUGGUUGUUUUUUUUUUAAAAUAUUUUGUGGACACUUCAUAAAGUACAUGCACAUAAUCUACCGAUGCGUCACGGGUUAUCUGGAGCCUAUCCCAUCUGAAUUUGGGGAGAGACUGGGUACACCCUGGACUGCAUACAAUACAAAACAUAAAAAUAAAUUCACAUUUUACACAGUAAAUGUCAGUAAGGUAUUACUUUAACAAUAUCAUUAUUGUGAUUAUAGUGUAGAAUUGGAGUUUCUUUUAUUUUGGUCACGUUAGCUACAAGAGGGGGAACAGCAGCAAUAACGUUUCAGUGGUGUGUGUAUUGAAGCUGUUCCCAUUGUUAGACAUUUAUUAUAAAAUGAUUAAGACCAGAUUUGAUUUGAGUUGUCUGGGUUAAUAGAAAGAAUUAUACAUGAUGAAUAAUGUAGGUAUGGAAAGUUUUGUUAUCAUUUCCAUAAUUCAGUUGAAUGCCUUGUUUUCUUUCAAAUUUCUAUCUAAUCUGCACUGCCAGGAAAAAAAAUCCUCCUGAGUGUGCUGCUGCAUAUUAUUUUUAACUCUUCAUUUCCCCUCCACAGAGCUUACAUGUAGGCCACCGUAACGCAUCCCCUAGGGGCUGCAGUAUACACACUUCAUACCCCUAUCAACCUUAAUCUGUUCUGCUAAAUUAGCAUCUGUUCCAGCAGCGCUAACGGAGACACUAGCAGGAACUGCAGUUUGCUUCCACACCUCAUGAAGGCAACAUGCAUUCAGCCUUAAUAGCAAAGUAAUUGCUUAAUUUCUCCUGCUCAAUGAGCUGAUAUAUUCAAAUCCAUGGGCAGUUUGGUGUGCCUGUUCGAGUGGCAGAAGUGCUUAGAGCCAGGUUUAUACUAAUGUUCAAUUAAGUCCUGUGAUAGCCCAGUCAUGGUUGUCUAACCACACCUAAAAAAUGUGAUCUGCACUGUUCCACCAUAUGUGGCAAUAUAGUGGCUUGGUUAAGAGUAGUUGGUGUGGAUGUUGUAUUUAGGGAAGUUUAAUGCUGUGCUCAGUAUUGUCCAUUUUGAUAUAUUUGAGCAUAACAAGUAUCUCACUAACGUGCAUUUCCAAAUUUGCGUAAUGUUGAUGGUUCCUAAAUGAAGCGUCAUAAUGACCAGAUACUGUAUGGCACAGUACAUCAUAACAGUUUUAGAGUUCAACUUCCAUGUCAACAAGUCUGGCUGUUGUUGCAAGAGGAGGAGAUUAGGCAUGGCUGGUCAUGGUGCCAUCUGACCAGAGCCACUACCCUCACUAACGUGCAUGAGCACGAUUCUCAAACAUGGCCAUUAAUAAUGGCAUGGCAUUAUGAAAGUGCGUAGUUGUAAUAAAUAGUCGCCGAGAACACGGACUAGUGGAUGUUAGCCACAGUUGCUACAUUGAUAAUAUCACUUAGCUGCAAUAGGCUAUUGUACAGUUAAAAAGUGGGUGUCCGGGGUCAAAGGCAAAGAACAAGCGCCUGCAUUGAGUGACCUCCAUGUAAUGCGAAGGCGCGUGUGAAGUCAUCAAUUCCUUUGGUUUGACAACCAUAACACCAUCCCCCACACGCACCUGAUCUGGCACAACCAGAUGAUCACCCUUUGGUACCUUUAAAUUAAGGAGUUAUGAGUUAGCACACAUCAGCGAACAAGUUAAGCAAGGUGUAAAAACAAAACAAAAAAAGCGCAGCCUACUGAAUUUUAUGAGACUGGCAUACAUGCCUUGUUCAUCAAUGGACAGUCAGUUUUGUGAAAAAUUAAGAUGAUACUAAAAAGUAGCGAUGGAAUCUCCACUCUUUGGGCUUUAUCUCUGUGUGUAUAUUGUCUUUCCAUUGCAAUAAAUAACACUAGAGGGAAAUUGGGUUCAUUACUUUUUGACUGUUCCUUGUAUAACGCUAUCUGUAAGGUUUGAAGUUGUAUCUUUUUUAAAUAUGCAAUCAAUUGGAGGGGGGGAAACGUGAUACAUUUACCUGUCAAGUAGAAUUGUUAUUAUUAAUUACACCCCGUCAGUUAUACAUACAGUUUUAACAGAUAUGACAAAAACUGAUUUUUUAAAAAAAAAUAAAUUCAAUAAUUUCUGAAAUUGAGGCACCCCUGUCUCUGAAAAUCCGAGGUGCAUCCUUCAUCAUUCCUUCAGUUCAUCUAUCUGCCACUGGAGGGCAGUCUUGCGUCGCACGCAAAUGUCAACAGGGCAUGAAGCCCCCACCUUCAGCGGAGGAGACCUUAUAGUGCCAAUGCAGUGAUACCAAUUAUAAUGUAUCAAACAUCUGAUUUGUCCAGAAUGUUAACAAACGGCUUGAUUUCGCACUACGUAGUCCAAAAACGCUCGGUGUUACUGAUAUUUUAUUUAUAUAGCACCACCUUACAGUUCACGUUAGACCAUCGUAUGGCAUAAUGUUACUUAUAAAGAGAGACGCCUAAAAAAGAGGAAACUGGAGUUAAAUAGCCUAUUACACAUUACUAAUAAGAGGAAAAAUAACAGCGAUAAUAUCACACCUGCACUGCAUGUUAUUCUUUUUUUUCAUACAUUGUAGUUGUAAUACUGUACAU